GGCAGCAUCCCCUUCACGCUCUGCAUUCUCUGUGAUUUCUGCUGAAGCACAAACAAAAAGAUCAACUAAGCUCUGCUGGGAGGAUGAACAACAAACACUGAUGCUUCAGGUUAUUUCCUUUUUUAAACAAGAGCUUUUUUUCCAGCCACAAUUUUAUCAAGACCACAGAGCAAGACUUAACUCCUACACUGAUCUGCAUCUUUUUCAUUUCUGAUUCAAGUUGCUCCUUUUCAGGGUUUUUUACAAUAUACAAAAGCGCUGAAUGCAAAAGGUCCGGAUCUCACUGGAAGGAGGAGAGAUGGAACAAGGAGAGAUUUAAAUGAGCUGUGGAUUCUGUUUGUCAUGACGAAGCAUGGAGAAGACAUCUGUUUGCGUCUCUGCACACUGAUUCCUGUUUGGUAGCUGGCUUAUCUCACAAAACAGUAACAUCGCGUGCUUCGAAUCCUGCUUUUGAGAAAAAAAAAAAAAAAAAAUCAACUUCUGCUCUGAAAUGCUCCUUCUCGUGAACUUUCAAUGCAGGCAUGAUGUCUUUCAGGAUUUCACUUUGAGCUUGAGCGGAAUUAGUAUUUGCUUUCAAACUUAGGAGUCAUUUUGCAUGCAGACGCCUUCUCUCAACUUAUGUUUUGCAUCCCUCAACCUCUCAGCAAUCUCAGCCUCCCCAUAAUCACAGAAUUAGACCUUCUAGGUGCAUUUUCUUCUUGUGUUUUCUUCUCUUGUUUUUUGCCUGAGAGCAAACUGGACUUAGAGCAAGUGCAUUGCAGCUGACACUCUCUCCUCAUCCACAAGUAGCUCUCUAUUUUUGUCACCUUCCUUCACUGCAGUACCUUCCAUUCUGACACAAUGUUCGAGGAGCUUUGGAACUCCACAGAUCAGGUUGGCCUCAAUGGAUCAGAAGCAAACUUAUCUCGAAGACGUUCGUAUGGCAUAGAAGAGGACGGGAACCAGCAUCCUUUUCUCACUGACGCCUGGCUGGUACCGCUCUUCUUCUCUCUCAUCAUGCUGGUCGGACUGGUGGGCAACUCUCUCGUUAUCUAUGUUAUUUCCAAACACAGACAGAUGCGAACAGCCACCAACUUCUACAUAGCAAACCUGGCUGCCACCGAUAUAAUCUUUCUGGUGUGCUGUGUCCCCUUCACUGCCACUCUCUAUCCCCUCCCUGGUUGGAUUUUCGGCAACUUCAUGUGCAAAUUUGUUGCAUUUCUGCAGCAGGUGACAGUACAAGCCACAUGUAUCACCCUGACUGCCAUGAGUGGAGACCGCUGUUACAUCACUGUUUACCCUCUCAAAUCUCUCCGUCACCGCACCCCAAAAGUAGCCAUGAUAGUCAGCAUUUGCAUAUGGAUUGGCUCCUUCAUCUUGUCCACCCCAAUUUUAAUGUACCAGCGGAUUGAGGAGGGCUACUGGUACGGUCCGAGACAAUACUGCAUGGAGAGAUUUCCCUCCAAGACGCAUGAGAGAGCAUUCAUCCUCUAUCAGUUUAUUGCCGCCUACAUGCUGCCGGUUCUCACAAUCUCUUUCUGCUAUUCGAUGAUGGUGAAGAGAGUAGGUCAACCCACUGUGGAGCCUGUUGACAACAAUUAUCAGGUCAACCUCCUGUCUGAGAGAACCAUCAGCAUCAGGAGCAAAGUCUCCAAGAUGGUGGUGGUGAUCGUCCUCCUCUUUGCCAUCUGUUGGGGUCCCAUCCAGAUCUUUGUGCUUUUCCAAUCUUUCUAUCCAAACUACCAACCCAACUACACAAUGUACAAGAUCAAGACCUGGGCCAACUGCAUGUCCUAUGCCAACUCCUCAGUCAACCCCAUUGUUUAUGGGUUUAUGGGAGCCAGCUUUCAGAAGUCUUUCAGGAAAACCUUUCCAUUCCUUUUUAAACACAAGAUCCGGGAUGGUAGCAUGGCGUCAAGGACUGCCAACGCUGAGAUCAAGUUUAUUGCAGCAGAGGAAGGCAACAAUAAUAACGCUGUGAACUGACUCUGAGAAUUUAAAGAUAAAAAGUGAGAUUGUUGUUUCCUGAGAAACUCACCUGUCAGCCAAAAGAUCCUGUUGUAACCGACAGAGAACAACAGAUUCAUCUUGAAGGAAAACACUGUGCUCGGCGUUCAUUUUCAUGUUGUAUUAAUUUUCAUAUUUAAGCAAAUGGAUAUGAACUGUUAUUUGAAACUGCAGUCGGUCAAAGGUUUAUAAAAUACAUCUGCAACUUAAAUGUAAAUGUAUUGCUUUUGCUUGAGCUCAGUUUAUGUUAGAAUCAGAAUCAGCUUUAUUGUGUACACAAACAAGGACGUUUACGUUGGUUUCAAAUGCCCACAGCAUACAGAGAUUAAACAUAGAUUUGUGAAUUUUAAUUAUUUUUUUCUUUUUUUUUUUUUUUUAGAAAAGCACAAAAUACAACCAGGUGUAGUCCUGAGGCAUUCUGAGGAACAACCUUGGAUCAGAUGUCAGAUAACGUCAGUUUGCUUGACAAAAGCUGAUCUUUUCUGGGUUUUUAGUAAGUAUGUGCUCUGUGUUAACUCUUACAGGGACCAGAUCUCGACAACUGGUGGGCAGGCUCUAGCUUAAUGGUUUCGCUUUUGUCCAGGUGGUAAGGGGAUCUGAUGGAGUGAGUUGCAACUGCAAGCUACAAAAAAAAGAAUAAAUAAAUAAAAUAAAGUAGUACCCACAAGAAGUAGUGACUACUGCAACAGUAGAAGCAUCCCAUUGGUGAGGUACUCAGUCUUGAUUACUUACAGCAAAAAUCUGAAAUUUGCCUCAAUGAUGAAACAAAUUGUUCUAAUUUUUGCAAACAAAACUUACUGUAAUAUUUUGCACAUUUUGUAUUUGGGCAAACUGUGAUCAUAUUUCUAACUUACAAAUAAAUGAAAAUUCUGGUGUUUCUGUUUACAUGAAGCUUUUUCUGACUUAGCUUUCUUUUCUUUUAAAGUCUAAAUUACCUCACUAAGGAGCUAAUAAAUAUCAUAGCUUAUGAAAGUCACAUUAAGGACAGAUUAUUAUCAGGUGCUGGUAGUCUGAGCCAGAAUAAAGGGAAUUCAAAAGGCUUUUCAUAGUCACACAGAGCAAUUUACAUCAAUUUUCUCAGAAUUACUAACUGCUGAAGUAUUACUUUUAAAACUAUUUACAGUGUA